CUAUCCUCUAGUCUCUCUCACCCCCUCGAAAGAAAUCUCAACCUCCAAAGUAUUCCAAUUCCGCCAUGUCGUUGACAUCUCCUUCCAUCCUCUCUUCCCCGCUCCCCUCCGGCGGCGCCAUCUUCUCCAAGAAGCCGUCCCAACGGUCUUCCUCGCUCGUCGUCUCGGCAGCGAGGCGGGGAGUCCGGUUGGUGGCAGCGGCCGCGGCGGCAUCGGCCUCCGCACCGUCGGUAUCAGCGCAGCGGACUCAGCCGUCGGCGGCUGAGGUGGCGCGGACGGUGGCAGAGCUAGCGCCUUCCGGCACGCUGUCUGUCGUGGGCCCGGACGGCUGGCCGCUCGGCGUCGGCGCUCGUUUUGUUGCGGACGCCGCCGGCGCGCCCGCGCUCUGCCUAGCCGCGGCGGGGGUGACCGUGCUUGAUGCGCGGUCCAGCUUUCACGUUGAGUUUCGGCAAAGUGGAGCCAGGACACCUCAAUGUACUUUUCUUGGUGCUUUGACUAAACCUAGUCAUGAAUAUGAUUUGAAGAAGCUUUCUACAAGGUGGGAAAGGAAAUUUGGGGAGGAGAUAGAUGAGGAUAGUAUGUAUUUAAUGUCCGUAGAGCGGAUAUUGCACAUGGAAGAUUUCACCGAGGAUCGCGUGUGGGUAGCCCCAUUGGAAUACAGUGACGCAGAACCAGAUCCCCUUCGAAACUUUGCUGAAAGCAUUGUUGAGGAAAUGAACAGCAAACAUGCUGAAGAUGUUCGUAGGAUAUACAGCAUUUACGCUGAAUCAGAUUUUCAGGCGAGGGAUGUGAAGAUGAUUUGGGUAGACAAGCUGGGUUUUGACUUGCACGUUCGUUCGGAGGAAGGCAUCUUCGCUGUUCGGAUACCUUUCUCAAGGCAGGUCUCUGACGAGAAGGCAGUGAAAUCUUCAUUCAACAUGAUGUCUCAUCAUGCAUGGGAGGUGGAGAAGAGUUAUGUGGCCCCAGAGUUUGAGAAAGUACAGCUACUGAAGAAGGUCAGAUAGAUUAUCUCCGUUGCCGUAUCAUACCUCCAUGGUUGAUUUUUUGUCACUGAUAUUCUCUGCCUCUUAACAUGUACGGUGUAUCUUGUGUGUAUUUUCAUUCAUCUUUUUUUUCAUAUGUAUCAUAGAUUAGCGUCAUUAUUUAAGAAGAGAAACAAAUUUUGAUGGUAAAUGAUUGAUAUACUGUAGGCGGCUUCAUCACCAUUUUCACCUAUAUCUGUGAACUAUGAUAUGACAUUUGGCUAAAUGUUGUUCCA